GCCUCCUCUGACACAAUACGGAAGUAGACUGCUCAUCAAAACAUUAAUCGCGACGAGCUGUUCAUAUCGAAUUUGCAGGCCAAUAUUUUUGUCUUUCAGCUAACGCUAGAAUGGCACAGGAAUUUGUCGAAACUAAACUUAGAGGAGACAAAGUUACAAUAUUUCUCAAACCAUCGUGCCCGUAUUGCGUUACGGCCAAAGAGGUCUUGACAAAGUACAAAUUCAAAGCUGGGCAUUUAGAAUUUAUUGAUAUCACUGGACGGAGCGAUAUGAGUAGUUUACAGGACUACUUUUUGGAGAUAACUGGAGCUCGGACGGUCCCGCGGGUGUUCAUCGGUGAGGAGUGUGUGGGAGGGGGCAGUGACGUGGCAGAUCUGGACGAAAGUGGGAAGCUGGAGGGGAUGCUGCAGUCCAUUGGCGCGCUGCAGUGACACACACUGCCCCAGGGUGUGGCGGCGGGUGGGUGUCACAUGACGAGGCAGCGGGACUUCUUGAGUUUGCGUCGGCGCUGCUGGUACUCGCUCAGUUCUUGAAGGUAACCUCGGGAAGGCCAACGCAGUCUCUCCACCUGUUCCCGCUCCUCCUCUGUCAACCAAGACAACAAAAAACAGGUUGCCGUGACGAUAUCAUGUCACCCCGCUCUCUCACACACAUGGAUGCGCGCGCACACACACACACACACACACACACACACACACACACACACACACACACACACACACACACACACAGUGCCAGUAUUUCUUUUUAUCCGUCAUUGCCUAAACCAACAUUUCUAUGAAGCCAUCAUUAAGCCACAUGCAUGCUCUGCCUGCCUGAUACACUUGUUUUACACCCAAGAGCUGGACCAAUGUGAAUAAUAUUGUGUAGUACUAUUUAGUCUUUGUAUCGUGUAUCACUUCACUUGUGCCCUUAAAGACCCGUCCAUUUGACCUUAAAUAUGCACUGGUGUACGAUGAAAACAUUGUUAAUGGAAAUAAACCUGUUGUAGAUGCUA